GUCAAGUCACAAAUGUCAAACAUUUGUGGUUAGAAAAUAAUACAAACCUAUUUUUGUUUUAUUUAGGCAGACAGCAAAAAUUACGUUUUGUUUGGAAUUAUAAGUCUUUCAGAUCAUAAUGAUCAUCCCUGUCCGUUGUUUCACAUGCGGGAAAGUCAUAGGCAACAAAUGGGAGGCAUACCUAGGGCUCCUCCAAGCAGAAUACACCGAAGGUGAUGCAUUGGACGCCCUUGGACUCAAAAGAUAUUGCUGUAGAAGAAUGCUUUUGGGACACGUGGACUUGAUUGAGAAGUUGCUGAAUUACGCUCCAUUAGAAAAGUAGAUUUGUAGUUGUAUUGUGAUAAGACUAAAGAAUGUAUGUGUAUGGAUGGGGUUCUUUCUUUUGUAAUAUAUCUACUUAGCAG